UGUUCACCCAUACCAGAGAGAACAGCAGAGACGGAGAGAGAAGGCAGGAAUAGUGUGUGUUUUUAUGUGAAAAAUAGAAAGCAGAAUUUGCAGUAUUGUUGGUCAGGUCGCGUUGAGAAGCGACUCUGAUCAUUUUUGGUUGUUUUUAUCGCUGUAAUUCGGAGGAAACAGGAAAACCACCGGUGGGGGAUGAGGCUGCAGUCGGAGUCGAGACUGUUUGUGGAUUUGAUGCCGCUUUUCUCGGAACAAAGCUGCAGUUUUUUAACGGGGGUUUUCAUAAAAACGCACUUGGAAAGUAGAAUAUGUCCGUUUCGACCGUCACUUUGUGAAAAACACUGAAUUUCUUUCCACGUUUUCUGUUUUAUUUGUUGUUGAGUUGUAACCGACCUGUGCGACAUUGUUACCGCUUUCUCCCUCAGUGCGCUAGAUAACAACACUGUAACCCCCAAAAGCUCAAACACAUCGACAUCAACAUCAAAUCUUCAUCAUUUACAGCUUUUUUUAAGAGAGAAAAAAAACAUCCAAAACUAUUUGGACGGAACAUUUCAAGCGAUGAAGCUGUUGGAGAACUCGAGCUUUGAAGCGCUCAGCUCUCGGCUGUGUGUGGAAACCGGAGACUCGCACAUCCUCGGCAGGAUCGAGAGCUACUCAUGCAAGAUGGCUGGUGAUGACAAGCACAUGUUUAAGCAGUUCUGCCAAGAGGGGGAGCCACAUGUCCUGGAGGCCCUUUCACCUCCCCAGACCAGCAGUGCUCAGAGUCCUAACUUGUUGGGGAAGAGCGGCGAUGACCCGGAGAACCCGCUGAGCGACAAGUGCUGCAGGAAGACCCUGUUCUACCUCAUCACCACACUGAACGAAUCGUUCCGUCCCGAUUACGACUUCAGCGCCGCCCGGGCCCACGAGUUCAGCCGCGAGCCGAGCUCCAACUGGGUGGCCAACGCUGUGAACAGCAGCUUGUACUCCUCCGUCGGGGAGGAGUUUAAUACUCUCGGCCCAGAGCUGUGGAAUGCCAUCGACCAGGAAAUCAACCUGCAGAGCUGUGACAUUUACAGCUAUAACCCAGAUCUCGAUUCGGACCCCUUCGGUGAGGAGGGCAACCUCUGGUCUUUCAACUACUUCUUCUACAACAAGAAACUCAAACGCAUCGUUUUCUUCACCUGCCGCUCUGUCAGUGUCCUCAGUAGCUACGGCCGCAGUUGCCUGGACAACGAGCUGGACAUGGAGCUGGAUGACUAUGAAGAGGAAGCAGACGGCUUCAGGGAGGACAGGUUCCCCCGAGCCUUGUGUGUGUAAAUCCAGCUCGAUCAUCAGCCAACAAGAUGUCACCUUUUUGUUUUUCUUCCUCCUCUUCUCCUUUCUAUAAUCUCGACAGGCCGACGGGUUGCAUUUCCGCGGGGGGUAUAUAGCAUUAACGAUCAGAUAUUAUGAAAAGAGUAGUUGUAGUGAGAUUUUCUGUCUGCUUAUGAAAGGCUCUUUGGACACUGAGGCCCUCUUUUGGACAUUCUGGGAACAGUGAGGUUUAAUACGAGACGAGCCUGAACGCCACUCUCUUCUCUUCAUAUCGGACACUUUGUUUUCUUUUUGUUUCCUCCUCCCUCCCCUAGGAAAUGUCGUCAGUGCAUUGACAUUUCCUACAUGCACCAGCAGCUGAAAUGGGAGGGGCUAUUCAUAGCUGCCUAAUGUUCAGUCCCUUGUGAGUUUGUGAAUUUUCAUUUUUUUUUUUUUUUUAAAUCGUGAUUUUUGUCUUCAUUUCAUCUCGCUCUUUAUAUACUCGUGUUUUUAUAUUUUAACUGUGUGCUUUUUUUUUUCUUUGUAAUGGAAAGAUUUUACUAGAAUGGCUUUUAUCGCACUGACCAAAAUGUACCCAGUUUGAAAUGUUUAUUUGUAUUUUUUGGUGGUGAACCCUCAUGUGUGUGUGAUCUAAGCUGCGGUGUGAAACGGAGGUCCACAUGAAUGAGGUUCAACUUUCUUUCAGAAAACAAGGGCAAAACCUUUAUAAAACGUUUGUACGCAAUCGGACUCUGGUCUGACUUUCAUGGAUCGACUUUGCAUUCAAGGUGAUGUGCAGGUUACGCAAGAAACCCGAAAGUGAAACCUGAUUUCGAAAAUGUUGCUUUUGUGUACACAAAUGGAAUAAAGCAAGUGUGUAUAAAUGUA